AAGCCCACAUAAAUAAUCAUUAAUUAGUACUUGUGUGAACCCCACAAUCUUGAAUUGUUGCCCCCCUAUAUAUACAUACAGUCCAAAUUCAACAUUCAUCGAUCAUCAUUACUUCAUGUCAAGAAAUAUAUGAUGCAAAUUGGCAAGAAAACUAUGAGUCUCUCCCCAAGCUCACAAUCAAAACUCCAGAAGAAGCGGCUGAGCCAGGACCAAGUGCAGCUCCUGGAGGCGAGCUUUGACGCCGCCAAGAAGCUGGAGCCGGAGCGCAAGUUCCAGCUGGCGAGGGAGCUGGGUGUCCCGCCGCGACAGAUCGCCAUUUGGUACCAGAACAAGAGAGCGCGGUGGAAGAAUCAGAGUCUGGAACUCGACUACGGCGCGCUCCAGGUGCGGCUGGAAGCCGCGUUGGCAGACAAAAAGCAGCUCGAGAAAGAAGUGGACAGUCUCCGGGGAGAGCUAAAGCGGGCUCAUGCUAUGCUGUUUGGUCUCAGACAGGCUCAGGCUCAGGCUCAAGCUCAAGCGUGCGUGUCCGCGCCUCCUGGUUCGUGUCUGUCGAGCUGCUGCGACGAAGGAGCUGGGUCCAGCCCGAAUGAGGACGUGGGGUGCUCGGCUACCUGGCAAAACGGCGACGCUUUGCAGUUUGAAGAGCUUUAUGCUUGUCUGAUGCUGGGUGCUGGUAGGGGAUCAAACUCAUGUGGUCCGAUUAUUCCAGACGGUGUGAAUGAAAGAGAUUUUUGGGUAUAAACGAAAUUUAAAAAUAAACAAAAAAAAUAAUAAUAUGGAGAAAUUAACUAGUUUGUAAUUUGCAUGGAAUUAUUAUCCGGUUUGAUAAAUAAAGUGUGGAAAUAUAUAUAUAUAUUAAAAUUUAAUCCUGA